UGUUUAAGGAUAAUAAAAACAUUGUCACUUGGAGUUAGCUCUCUGGCUAAGUUUCGCUAGCAGAGGGGAGGGACACGGAGGCCAUAGUGUGAAAGCAGCGAAAUAGUUCCUCUUUAAACCCUAACCUGUCCUCGACUGUUCCCCUCGCUUGAUACAGCGAUGUGCUGAGUGUUUUUGCAGCUUGAGGUGACGGUGUGUUCUUUUAGAUCAAUAUAUUUGUCUCGUGGUUGCUUAUCUGGCCAGUCAUUGCUGCUGAGUAAGAUGUUUGUUAGCUUUCAAGUACUCGAGAUCUUCUUGAACAUUGCUUGGACCCCAUCACUGCACUUUUUGGAGAUAAAUAAGCUGAUUGUAUACAUCAAAUGUAUUAAGUAUAGGUUCUUAGAAUCGAAAAUUAUUGUUUUAAGAGAAACUUUCCGGACAUCAAUUAUUAGGUUGGUUUUCUGAAAUCCCUGUCAUGGACUUAAAGCGUUCAGGAACAUUUUGUACCAUUGUUUGAAAGUUGUGUAUAUCUGUUUAUCAGAAAUAUAUUACAAUGAGGUGAUCUGAUACAUGUAUGUGGUGAUCAAGUUUUUUUUCUUUGUAUUCACUGAUGAUUUUACGAUGCCUUAGAAUUAACUGGCAUGAAGUCUGUAAGGUGCACGCCCCCAUCAGCAUGAUGCAAAGUCAAAUGGAAACACGAUAGUCUCUGCAAUAUCUAGUCAGCCUUUAGCAGAUAGAUAACUAACGUUAACGAUACGAUUUAAAAUAGUUUUGAUUGUGCAUCAAAAGAAGCUCGAACGCUUUAAAACGCAAUUUGUUAUCCGUCUUAACGAGUCAUUUUAUCGCGAAAUUGUGUUCAUUUGCCAGCUGCGUUGUGAAAACUUCAAAAUUUAGUGUUUGUGUAAAUUAAAAGUUUAUGAGGAGAUAAUGUUUUGUAUUUCAUCUGUUUACGUGACACGAGGAAGGCCUGCAAUAUUGUUUGUUUCUCCUCGACUCAACCAAACGCUACGAGGCGGGACGUUUAUGUGUAAUUGUGCUUGAUUGACAUCCUGUAGGUUCAAUUGUUUGGUCGCGGAGGCGGGCUAUAAAAUUUGCAUACAGCCAAUCAGAAAGCGCCACUAUGUGGGUGUUGGCGCAGAUACGCGACGGGGUAGGUUGAAGCUUUUUGUUUUUGAACGGGGCCAUGGUGAGUUCAAUGUGUUGUUAAGUGUUAGUAGGUCAGAAUAAAGAAUGUUAUUGACCAUAACGAUCAAAUUACGCUAAGCGUUUAAGUGCCAUUCGUUUUAGAUGCGACUAACCGGCGAGGUCUCUGAAGUGUGAAAAUGUGAGCUUCUAGGACAUUCUGUCUUCAUGUAAACAGUGCAGGGGUGGUCACAUGACAUUACUUCUGCAAGGUUAUAUUCGCAGUUUAUUAUUACAAACGCACGUGAAGCUUGAUGAAUAGACAGAAAAGUGAAUAAUUUUGAUAGACAACUUUAAUUCUCAUGAAAUAUUAAACUGCUAAAAGUCGAACAGUCAACUCUGAAAUGCAGCUUGUAUUUUGUUUAUUCUGUAAAGGUUCAUCCUAAUUUGAAUACGUGAUCAAUUAUGUGUUUUACCCAGCCUUGAACUUCUCAGAUGCCAAUUGUGAAAUUAGAUAAAAAAAAAACUAGUUCACGUCAAAAUGUACUUUUAUUAUUUAUUAUAUUCCUAUACAUUUAUUGCACAUUUUAUGCAGUAUUUACACAGUGUUUUCUGAAACAAGUGAUCAGAUGAUCAAAACAACUUCAGCGUUUUGCACAUUAACAUGGUUGAUAUUAACAUGAUAUUAAUGUGUUGCAGUAAACUCAUGGUGAGUCCGUUACCUGUAACAUUUAUUUCGAGAAAGCCAUUCAAUGCACAAAGCUUGUUCAUUAGUCAACCAGAAAACAAUAAUGCAAGGAGCAUUUUGCUGAAUAUAUGCACCAUUUCAGCUGUUUUUUAAAAUUGCUUCAGUUGUCCUUGACUGAGAGGCUGGUGUUUACUACUUCUGCCAUCUCCGCAUGCAGAGACCUCUGACAUUUGCAGAGUAAGUCUGUCCACUUGAAGGCUGGACUGCAAAAUGCAAGCUUGUUUGUAAUUAACUCAGACUGUCCUAUUAAGGUGCAGACAGACCUUGGCGCUAAUAAGACAUGUCUAAGAUAACAGUCAAGAGAGAAGGACAACUCAGCCCCACUUAAAUGUGCUGCUAAAGCCUCUGUAUUAAAAAACAAUUACUUUUUUAUGUUUAAAAUCAAAUAUCCUCCAAAGAUUGACGAAAAGAUAGGGCGACUGAGACCAAGGAGGUGGCAGAAAAGUUUCCGUCAAGGAACUGAAGAUCUGUGCUCUGCAAUGCCUCAGCCCAGCAUUAGCGGAAUGGAUCCUCCCUUUGGGGAUGCCUAUCAAAACUGCUCUUUUACUGACCAGGCACUGACCAGCACAGACCUGUUGGCUAACAGUUCUGACCCUGAUUUCAUGUAUGAACUGGAUCGUGACAUGACUUGUCGCCAGAGCCCUAGAGGAGAUAUUUUCACAGUCGGAGACUGCAAAGACUUAGACAGCAUGGAUCAUCUACCUGAGCUAGCAGACAACGACCCUGCUUAUAGCUCAAACUUUGAGCAGUGGGACACAUACUGGGAGGACUUGACGAAAUACACUCGCCUCACCAGUUGUGAUAUCUGGGGCACAAAGGAAGUUGAUUUCUUGGGCCUUGAUGACUUUUCUAGCCCUUACCAGGAUGAGGAGGUGAUAAGCCGGACGCCGACGCUGGCCCAGCUCAACAGUGAGGACUCGCAGCCAGUUUGUGACACUCUUUACCAUCCGGAUUUGCUGGUGGGUCAAAAGCAGCUUUUGUUUCCACCUCCCACCAUGGCCAAAAAGACCAACAAACUCAGCAGCUCUGCAAACAGCGCCUCAUCUAGUCGCAACCUUCUGCCAGACUUUCCUGAGGGAUCCCAGAAAGCUACCUGGCCUGUUGCCUCCAGCACUGACACAAUGGCCAAGGCCCAGCUUCAAGGCCCUAGCAAAGCCUCUCCCGCACUUCUGGACAACAUGGAUUAUGUGCGCAAAGCCAGGGUACGCAUCAGCUUACCACGAAAGCCUAUAGUAGAGAGCUCCACCCAGAUUAGCAUUUCUGCCUCUCCCCUUAUCCAGGAGCAUGAGUCAUCAGCUUCGCAGAUCAGCGAGGAUCCAGCCGUCGUUGUUGCAAACACGGCAUCCUCCAUUAGCUGCGAAAAGAGAGUGGAGACACCUAAACGUGAGGUACCGACUUGUCCUGGUGCAGAAAUAGGGACCCUGAAGACCGUGCCACACACACUGCACUUCCCUGCAACUGCCGAAAGUGAAACCUUGCUCACCGUGAAUGCCCUUGGAUCCGACGCGUCUGCCGCUGACAAAAAGGAGGAAGAGCACAACUACUCUUUAUUUUUAACCAGGGCCAGGCUGGCAGGGGAGGCGACUGCUGACAUGGAAGAGGAGGAAGAAGAGGAGGAAGAAGGCGAAGAAGAGGAAGAAGAGGAGGAGGGAUUGGAUCUAGAUGAUGAAGACCAUGAUGAAGGGUUUGGCAGUGAACAUGAGCUCUCGGAGAAUGAAGAGGAAGAUGAGGAGGAGGAGGACGACGAUGAGGACUAUGAGGGUGACAAAGACGACUACGUUAGUGAUGCAUUCUCAGAGCCAGGAUGUGACAUUGACAUGGCUGAUGAUGUCAAAGGCCUGACGGCUGGAAUUUCCAGAAAGAGGGGAAAGCGUCGAUACUUCUGGGAGUACAGCGAGCAGCUCAUCCCAUCUAAACAGGAGCGCAUGCUGAAACCAUCCGAAUGGGACAGAGACACGCUUCCCAGCAACAUGUACCAAAAGAAUGGCUUGCACCAUGGAAAAUACACACUGAAGAAGUCGCGGCGGACGGAUGUGGAAGAUCUUACUCCAAAUCCUCGAAAGCUGCUUCAGAUUGGCAAUGAACUCCGGAAACUCAAUAAAGUCAUUAGUGACCUGACGCCGGUUAGUGAGUUACCCUUAACCGCUCGGCCUCGGUCUCGUAAGGAGAAAAACAAACUUGCAUCCAGGGCCUGCAGGCUGAAAAAAAAAGCGCAGUAUGAAGCCAACAAAGUCAAGUUAUGGGGCCUUGGAACUGAAUAUGAUCGUUUGCUGUUUGUGAUCAAUGCAAUCAAAGAAGAGAUUGUCAGCAGAGUACAGGAUAUCUCACAUGACAAAGGAAAAAGCAUGACAGAGAAGCUGGAUAAACUCAUUGAGGAUACCAUAGUGCAGCCACCAGUGGCCGGCCAGACUUCAGACUUUGUGAAUCAGAUCCUGGAGAACACUGGGAAAGGAGAUCCCACCGGAGGGCUGGUGGGGUUGCGUGUUCCCACGUCGAAGGUGUAGAGUCAUGCCGACUGGCGAAGCCAUCCACGCCAUUCUUGUCCCACACUGUAACGGCCCGACACUCUGCAUGCCCAUUUCACUUGGAGACGCAUCCUCACAUUUAAAGUGAAUACAUGCAUACGAUACCGCUUGUCCGUGCAUACGUAUGUGUAUAUUCACCUUGUGCGCACCAAUGGAAAUGCAACUAGUAGUUAACCUUUGCACUCAGUAGUCCAUUUCCUACCAUGUGUGCAUGUGGCUGGUGGUAUUGUUUAACAGGCCGCCAUUUUGCAAAUAUUAAAAGCCAAUAUACGAGAUACCUCCAACAAAUGAGAAAAAGAGAGAGAACAUAGCUAAAUGAGCACCAGUUCUUGCUGUAGCAAUUUUUUCUCUUGCGUCCAGCUAAAUCUGUCAGAUGCCCAUUGAGAGUUUUGGGAAGCAGAGGCACACUCUGCAGAGAAACUACGAAGGCAUUAGUUCCUUUGAUUUGGCAGUCAAAAAGGUGUAAAUGCAGACUUUGCAAGUUUUUGAACAUGGCGUGUACGAUUUGACCCUUGUUAGGCCUACUUUAUACACUUAUUAAGUGUCCGGGGGAAUUCCUGUUUGAAGCAAUUGUUGUGAUGAUCAAUUGAGAUGCAACAACUACAACAAGGCAAACGCGAAGGAAUACAAAUACUGAUAUUUAACACAAAGUUACUGAUGUUUGGUGUAUAUAUGUAGAACAGGGAUGUUUCAAGAGAGUAGCAUGUGAGGAAGCGGGCCUCAGACGCCCUUUCCCACAGAUCUGCGAUCGUCUCAGGUUGGUAAGAGAGAAAGAGAGUGUGUGAGUUUUUUUUUUCCUUCUUCUUUCUUUGACUUGAGCAUAUGGUCAGUUAAAUCCCUUAUUGUAAAUAUGCAGAUUGAUUGAUUAUUAUCCACUGGUGAAAUCUUUUCCUUUCUACGCCUUUGAUGUUGUUUUGCAAAUUCUCAGCGAAAGAGGCUUAAAAAGCUGAAUCCCAGAUUGGGUUUUGUUUAUAUUUGUACUUUAUACAAGUAAGAUUCAUUGUGCCUUGUAAUCGUGGAGUUGAGGAAAAAUAAAACUCGAUAGAGAGCGCAAAUGGACCAUUUUGCAGAAAUACUCUGAAUGUACAUAGGAACGUGGAGAAUAUAGAUAUAUGCCACAGAGUCUGUGCUUUGUAUCAUAAGAUGGCUCUGGCCAAUUUUUUGGGGUACUUCGGGGGGUGGGCCGUGUCGUAAUAUAAGAAAUAUUCAAAUAUAAAAAAAAAAAUAUAUAUAUGAUAUUUGCACACUAUAUUUUGAUUGUUUUGUUUUUUGUACCAAAGACACAUGCAACUUAAAAAUGGCAACUAGCCAGUCUAAGUAAGGUUUUGCACAGCUUAGCUAACACCGUAUUGAAUGUAGGAAAAAUGGUAGGGUCAGGGAUUUCUAAUGAACUGUGAAAUUUGCUUGGGUCCAAAUCUUUGCAGAAAGAAGCGUUCAUUUGCAUCCUCGUAAAAUUUUGUACUGUUCCUUUUGUUCUCAUAAAUAUUUCUACCACCAUUUGGUUUCCCCCGAUGGAAGUUUUGUCGCGUAUUUAAAAGAAGAGCUAUAAAUUUAAUGGAGAUGCUUCUAUUUUGCCCAUAGAAGAUAUUAUCACGAAACCAAAAGGUUUACUAUUCUUUCUAUAGUUGUAGAGGAGAGUGCAUAUACAAAAAUGAUACAUGUCAUUGUCUUGUUUAGAGUUUGAAUACGCAUUAAUCUGUGCAUACAUUAAAGAUGCUACCUUC